AAAAUGAAAGAAAACUAACAAAAAAAUUAAGUACUCCCUCCGUCCCAAAAUUAUCUUCAUAGUUACUAUUCACAUGGUCAACUCAAAUUACUCUUAAUCUUUUACUUUAUAUAUCAAAUUUUUAUCAAACUUAAAGUUUCUUGAUCAGGCUUUGUAGCGGUUUUAAUGUAGUUUCUGAAUAUGUAAAUUUUAUUUACUAAAAAUAAUCCGAGUGUGAACAGGGAUCGAGUUGCUUUAUCGUCAGUCAAGCAUCGUAAAGCGAACUAUGAAGAUAAAUAUGGGACGGAGGUAGUACAUUUAUAUACUCCGUAUUAAGAUCACGCAGCUGCCCGUAUUUUGGUAGUCCUUUUUCAUUCUCCCUGCUGAUGAAUAUUAAGGAUAUCACAAGAUAGUUAACGGCGGAGACGGACGUGGUGGCCGCCAUCAGACCACCAACUCGUAAUUUCAGAACCUGGAUUCCUGGAAUGAAAAUUUCCACGUGGUGCACCAUUCCCCUGCUGUGCAUGCACUUGAAAAUGUUGCGGAAGAGGAAGCAGUGGCGGCUGUUGUCCGCCAUGGACCUGCUGCCCACCAUAAUAUUGUUGUGGUGGUCCACCAUAGCCACAUCCUCGGCCACGUUGUCCACGACCUCGACCCCCUCGGUAACCACGCCCUCCUUGCUGCCCGCUUUGUGGCCGACCUCCCUGACCGCGCGCUGCACCCCCUCGGUUGAGAGCAGCGGCAAAAGCUUGAUGAGAUGGGGAGGGAUCUUGAGAGCGGAGAUACAAAUUACGUUGCUCUUGGGCAACGAGAAUAGGACCCAGUUUCUCAAGUGUAAGAUCCCCCGGAAUAUAAUUAAUAAUCGUGAUUAAAGAUUCAUAAUCGGGACCCAAUCCAAGGAUAGUAUAUUCCAAUAAAUCAUGAUUACUAACCGGGGAAUUUAUGGCAGUGAGGGCAUCAACAAGUAAUUUAAUUUCAAGCAGAUAUUGAUCAAUAGUUUGAGAUUCUUUCUUCUUAAUGUGAGACAAGAGGCGCUUAAGUUCCAUUGAUCGAGCACGACAAGCAGACAUAAAACGGGUCUCAAGGCUUUCCCAAAUACGAGCAGAGAACUUAUGAUGAUAAACUUCCAUUAAAAUUUCACGCGAUAAGGUAGCAAAUAACCAUGAACGCACAGUCUGAUCUAUCUUAAGCCAGUGAUGAUAUUCAGGAUUAGGACUCUCACGUCGAGUAAUAUCCUGAAUGAAGGAUGGCGGAGCCGAAAUUGAGCCAUCUAAAAUCCCAAGAAGACUAUGGGAAACUAGAAAAGACUCAAAUUGAGUCCGCCAUGGGAGGUAAUCCUCAACAGCAUUUAAUUUAGUAGUAACGAUAUUCGUUACAUUGGGUGUGGAAAACGCUAAUUGACUGGCCAGGGAUGCUAAAUAAGAUGAAGGGGAGAAACCUGGAUGCUGUGAAAACUGAUGUUGCAUGGGAGCCGUGCCAGGCUGGCCAGUGAGAGUAGAGCCGACAAAAACAGGUGGCGGAGGCAGUUGCUGAUCCGAGACAGAGAGAAGACCAGUUGAAGGUGCCGCAGGGGAGAAAACAGAAGUGGAAGCUGCCGGCGUAGUGUUCCACGCAAAAGGCUCUGGCAUGUGGAACAUUCUGUAGGAGGAUAAAGGUGGUGGUAGAGAAACUCCAGGUGUGGAACGUGGUCGGUCAAGUAUCGGCGAAGACAACUCGGUAGAGACAAACUGAUCUGGAGCAAAGUUGGGCGCCGUGGUGGAGGAGAGAACAGCGGUAGCAGAGUGUGCUGCAGGGGGGGAGGGCUGCACCAUGUGAGUGAUGGGCGCCGGUACUGUAGCUGUCGAAGAAGAAGAAGCUGCGGAGGAUUGAGCCAUGCAAAAAAAAAAAACGACGCUAACUCCUAAGGGAACCAAGGGUCUCUGAUACCAUAUGCAAAGAGUAACUGUGGAAUGACAGUUCACCCUAAUAGGGUGUAGUGAUGUUAUAUUUAUAAUAAACGGAGAAUAUUAAAAUUACAAAAUAUAUCCCAAUAUUAUAUAUUACUCCCUCCGUCCCUAAAUUAUCUUCAAACUUUCCUUUUUGGUCCGUCCCUAAAUUAUCUCCUAUUUCCCCUUUUGGCAAAGGAUUUGUGGUUCACAACAAUUCUUACACAUUUCUCUCUCCUUUGCACAACUCUCCACCACACAAAACCCACUAUCUUAAUCCCCGUGCCGGGUCAAAAGGGGAGGUAAAUUAGGGACAGAGGGAGUAUUAUUUAAUAGAUUAUUCAGAAUAUGACCCCCAAUUUAUGGGGCAGUAGAUUCUUAAAAAUUUAUUAAUAUUAUAUACUACUCCCUCUGCCCCCCAUCAUUAUUGUCUCAUUUCCUAUUCACUUGGUCAACGCAAAUCACUCUUAAUCUCUUACUUUAUGUAUCAAAUUUUUAUCAAAUUUGAUUGUGGUUUUUGUGACUUGGUAAAAUUUUUAAUGUAGUUUCUAAAUAAGUAAUUUUUUUCUUAAAAUAAUUUGAGUUUGGAUAGGGAUCCGUUUGUUUUAUCGUCGGUCAAACAUCGUAAACCGUAAUGGGACAAUAACAGGGGGAUGGAAGUAGUAAUAAAUUUUUAGUUGGUCCUUUUAGUUCUCUUUUACUCAAAUUGCUUGAUAAUGAGUUGUGUUUCUUUAAAUCAAGUGGAGUAUUAAGUACGUAGUAAGUUUUAGAAAUUUCUUUAUUACAUUAUUUAAUGAGUAUUCAAUUGAUCUGAGUAUAAGUAUUUGGAUGUCUCGAAUUCACAUUUGGAACUGAGGUGUCCAAUUUCAUUAAUACGCGUUUUCUGAAAUAUUGUUGUGAAUAUGGCUAACGUUGAAGUCCAUAAUUUUGACACUUAGGGGUGUAUUGUAUUAGGAAUUAGUGGCAAAUUUUUAAAACUCCGUAGAUUUUAAAAGUUUAGUUGUAUUCAAUGCAGACUUUUAAGAGUCUAAAAAAGUCUAGGUGUAUUCAAUGUAAACUUUUAAAAGUCUGUAAAGAUCUAAGCGUAUUCAAACUUCCAUUUAUUAAUAUUCACUUCUAAAACCAUGGAUUCUUGUUGACGUUUAACUCAUUUUUAGUACAUUAAUUCUCUACAAUUGUCUCUUCUCCUCACCAAAGAUUUCCAUGGACUUUAUUGUUGCCUUCUACUCGUCACAAGUAUGCAUAGAUCUGGUUGCAAAAUAACAUUAGAUUUGGCUAAUUAUUUAUUAGGGAUCACAAAUCUGCCAACUGGUCCAGGACUAGCACUAGUCGGGUUGGGAGGUGGAUACCAGGAUGGUCUCACUAUACAAUAAAUAUUUAGUAAUAUUGAUACACAAGAUACACAAGAUAAACUUAAAAAACACCGAUACAAAAGAUAAAUAAAAAUAGUGAUUUUUUAUAUAUCAUCUUACAAAGAAAAGUGUAGAGGUGAGAUUGGUUCAGUUCUUGAAAGAAAAUUAGGAACCUUUUGAAGAACCAUUAGUUCAAAAUCGAUUUGGUUCCAGAAUUUUUUUGAAGAACCGAUAUAAGAAUCGAUAGUAUUAUAUCAGUGCAAGUAUGAUAUGUUGUUAGUUAACCAUUAUUGUGUUUCAUCGUUAAACUGCUAACACAUAAAAAUAUAAUUUCAGAUUAAUAAAUAUUUAACAAGCUAAAAAUGAAAAGAAAACAAUUAUUAAGAAGAAAAACUCGUUGUAACUAUGCUUGUACCAAUGUAGCAAUGAGUGUAAUGCUUGUGUAACGAUUAGUGUUCUAACUAAUUGAGUUGUGUAAUACGGAUUAUAAUAAUUGAUCAUAAAGAGACUGAGUUUGUUGAGCAUUCUAGAAAUUUUGAGUUUUCUUAUUAGUAAAAAUAAAUUUGGAUGCUUAUGCCUCAUUUAUCUUGUAGAACUUUGUGUUCCUAGAUGAAUUACUUUUGUUUCAUUUAUUUAUGUAAUAGUUUCUUAUCAUAUUAUACAGAGGAAAUUACUCACGGUAGGACUAAAACAUAGCAUUCUCCCCAAAAUAUGAUCAUAUGUUUGAUUUUCCUUAAAUAAUACUAAACAUUACAUUUCUACCCUUAAUUUAAUUGAUUAAUAAUGAAUUUAAUUUCCCAUAAAUCCCUUGCAUAACCAAAUUAUUUUGUUGGUGACGGAUGAGUCCGAUGACAGCGACGGCAGACGGCGGUGAGAUUCAGACAGAUCAACAACGGCGAUCUAGAAUUCUGGUGACCGGCAGCGGCGGUCCGGAUUUAAAAGUCUAUGGACUUUUUGAAAGUCUAUAACUUAUCCAUGGAUUUAAAAGUCAAUAGAAUAUAAUUCACUCAUAAAAAAGUCUAUGAUUUCAAAAGUCCAUGAACUUUUUUAAAAGUUCAUGGAGUAAAACAUAUUCACCACAAUCCAUAUUCAGUGCACCUCUUUUUGCUUGAUGGGCUGAACCUUGAAAUUUAAAUUCUUUAUCUAUAGCCUUGAUAUAAUUGAUCAUCUUGUCACAUAACAAGUGAGCAAGUAUAUAUGUAUAUAUGAACAUAUGAUUUGAAUUUCUUAUUGUCUCACUCUUUUGUCCUAGAUGGUGGAUAAGUCAUUACACCAUCUUUGAAAAAUGAACAUCUAAUACACAUAGGCAUAUGUAAAAGAAGUAUAAAUAUUUAUUAUUAUUAUUAAAUUGUAUAUAUUUUGAAUCGUAUAAAACUACGAGUACCAAAUAUUGCAUGAACAAAUUAUUUAUCAAAUAUUUGAAUUUUGAUGGAUAGGUCUUUCCCUUAGGAGAGGGUUGUCAUUUUUCUCUAAAUAGGUGCUGUUUUUUGGGAUUAAUCUCCUGAUUGAAGUAUUAUUUAUUUUCAAAAGGUCUGCAUUUCAGUCAGACAAAUAGAGCAUAAAAUACUCAUAUUAGGAUCAAUUUAAUUUAAAAGAUUCAUCCCCAACCCAUUGAGUAAAUAAGGUUCUUUUAAAUACCUAAUUUAAAAGAAUGAGGUAAAUAAAAGAACAUAACGUCACCAAUUUUUAAACUUGGUUCUUUUCACCCAAACAUGUGUCCAACCCCAUGUGAUGAAGGAGUGAAGAGUGGGCCUUUGGGUGAAAAAUUUCGGCCCAAAUUCACCUCAAAUGCUGGUAAAGAAUUACAUUUUCAUCAAAUAGAAAAAUAUUAAAAUAAACGAAUGAGGUAAAUAAAAAAUUAAGCAUAAAUGAGUUUAGGUUCAUCUCAAAGCAAAGAGUACCUUAAGGCACUACUAAAUACUACCAUUGGAGUUUGUACGUAUCACAAUUAGGAAUGAUUAUAUUACGAUCGAGAUCAGAAAAUCAGGAAUAUUGAAGCAAAUACAUUACCAAGGAUUGAAUCCAUACCCAUUACUAAUUAUCCGUCUGAUCUUAGAUCCAAGACUUUUGUAGUGUCUUCACGUCUGAUUCCUACCUUAAAUUUACGUAUAUAUGAUUCAAUAAUAUUGGGAAUUUUUAUUUCGAUUUCGAUUCUAUCUAUAUCAAUUUGAUUUAAUCUGAUCUUGGAUUGUUGCAUAUACACCCAUAUUGAUAUGAUACACCUCAUUGAUAUUGACCAUAUUGUUCUAUAUCACACAUUUGGCAAAUAGGGACAAACAACAAAAAUAUGUGCAUAGAGGGAUCAAAUUGUCGAUGCAAUAUGGUUACAUUUUGAAAAUUUGUUCAAGUGGAGUGCACAAACUAAUAAUAUUAAUACGAGUAUAUAAUGUAAUAUCCUUAUUUUUAUCAUCUAAAUAAAUACAUUUCUCAAUAUUAAAGCUCAUUUUAUUAGCUUGUUUUAUUAACUCAUUUAGUAUUAUUUUCCCUCCUUUUGAGUUUGCUUGUAAAGCAUCUGAAUUUGCUAGAAGCUCAUCAGGUCCAAUCUUAAUAUCUCAUCUACUUAUAAAAUAUUCAUUGCUCUUAAAUCUAUAGAUAUCCAGCAAUGGUCGGCACAUAGCAGGAAGACAAAGUACGUGAUUGAAAAUUGUCAAUUGUCUCAGCCCAUAAUCGUGUAUUUGAUGGAGUCAACUUUGUGUUUUUUAACUAGUCUUCUUGUCCCAAAUUAAUGGUUGUAUAUCUUUUAAGCUUCAGUCACAAAUUUAAAGAUGGAAUAAACUUAUCAAAGUACCUUUUUAUACAAAGUUUCAUAAAUUUAAAUGAACGUUUAUAUAAAACUGAUAUGACAAAAAGAAAAGUGAUAUUAUCAAUUUAGGACAUUCUGUAAGGGAACAUGGGACUAGCGAUUUGGGAUGGAGGGAGUAUCUCUUAUUAUCCUUGCAUAAUCGGGGCGGUGCUUAUCAUAGCAACAACGAUAGCGACGAUGAGAUUCCAUAGGAAUCCCAAAAGACGGUUCCCGCCACUUCCUCCGGGCCCAAAAGGUUGGCCUCUACUAGGAAGCCUCCCACAACUGGUGAAAGCAAAAAAAAUGAUGAUUCCGUCACGGUGGAUACUAAAACUCAUGGAUGAAAUGAAAACAGAAAUCGCUUGCAUUCGGCUCGGCUCCACUUACGUCAUCCCUGUCACGUCUCCCGAACUAGCAAACGAGUUCUUAAAGAAACAAGACAAAGUUUUCUCAUUAAGGCCAACUUUCACAUCCUUAAACAUCACCAGUAAUGGAUUUAAGGGUGUCUUUUCUAUGCCCCCCAAUGACAAGUGGAAAAAAUUGAGACGAAUUCUCGCGUCUCAUGUCUUAUCUCCCGCCGUUCAUGAUUGGCUUCAAGGUAAAAGAAUGGAGGAAGCUGAUAAUCUUGUGUGCUCCGUAUACAAUAACUCUUCAUCAGUUGUGGAUGUGAGAUCUAUCGCACGACAUUAUUGUGGAAAUGUGAUAAGGAGGAUGACGCUUGGAAAAAGAUACUUUGACAAUAAUAACAAUAUGAAUGGAAGGUCGCCUGGGCCACAAGAGGAAGAGCAGGUUGAGGCAUUGUUCACACUACUCAGCUAUACCUUCGUGUUUGGCAUUGCUGAUUACAUGCCAUGGCUUGGUGUAUUCGAUUUUGACGGCCACAUCAGCAUGCUCAAUAAAGCCUUUGAGAGUGCUAGAAAGUAUAUUGACCCUAUAAUCGAUGAGAGGAUCUCAAUGUGGAAAAAUGGAAUUAAGAGGGUCAAAGAUGACUUGGUUGAUGUUCUAAUUACACUCCAUAAUGAGGUUGAUGGAUCACCAUUGCUCACUCAUGACGAGAUUAAAGACCUAAUCUUUGUAAGUUGCAAAAAUAUACUCUCUAUCCCAAAUUAUGUGUCUUGUUUUCUUUUUUGGGAUGUCCCAAAGUAAGUUCUUAUUACUUGUUUCAUAAUAAAUAUACGUUUUAUACCAUUUCACUUUAUUUUACGUAAAUAUAAACCACAAUAUUUAAUUUUCAACCACUUUAUUAAUAAUUGUGCAAUCUAAAAUCAGACACAUAGUUCAUAAUAAGUGGAGGGAGUACUUUAACUAUGAACUAUUUGAUACAAGACAUUACUACCCAAGUAAACUUAUGUUGAAAUUCAAGCUACAACCAUCCAACUUCACAGUCUAAAUUCUAUAUACUUUUCGAAAAAUGAUGAGUGAUUAGUUCACUCAUGGGUUACUAAAGUCAUCCCUAGUCUACUGCAAUUUUAUUCCAUUCCAAUGAUUAGACAUACUAAGUGUGUGUGAUUUUCUAUUUAACCAUUCACACUUGUCGGUUCAGUUAGAAUGGAUAUAACCAAGCAUGUAGAUGAAUUGAUUAAACAUGUUUUUGGUAAUAUAUGUGGAACAAAAAGCGAGAUAAUAGACCAUAUUUUCAUCAAAUUUCAUUUUGGGCUGAGAUUAAAAAAAAUAUGCGUAGGAUAUCACUUUACUGCACUUAAUCGUUGAAUCUGACCUCAACUUGUAAAUAUUAUGCAUAUGUGUAUUCUAUUGACGAGCACUUUGCCGUAGUGUGCCUCAAAUUAAAUUCACUACUAAGGGCUAAUACCAUAGUAUAGCGUAAUAGAGUUCGUAUCCACAGGGAAAGGAGCUUUUCGCGUAUGUGUAAGCGUAAUAAAUAAAAGUAAACGGAAGGGGGAAUUGGAUAUUUUGAUAAUUGAGAAAGCAAAUAAAAUACCUAAAUGAGUGAAAUAAAAUAUCAAAGGUAAUUAGUCUUGGUUUUGCUUUUAUCCACUUAAUGAAAUGUUCGUCGAUCCCGGUUAUAUCUUUAACUAUCUUCCUCUCGAAUACUCAAUCGAGGAGUAUAUCCAGUUCAUCGAGGGUAGUUAUUAAUAACGAGACGUGUUCAUUAAUAAAACUUACUACCGAAUUAAUAUAGAACACGUGCCGUAUAUUUACUCGAUAGUAGCAAUAAAUUCAAGAUGAAAACGAUUGAAAUUGAUAACCUCAACACAAGCGGUUUAUUGGUUUAAUCAAUAUAAUUAAUUCCCCUUAGAUUAUUAACCAUGAGACGCAUGCAUUAAUAAUCCAAGUUUACUACCGUGAAAAGAUCGAACGAUUAACAAGUGUAUUCGUCGAUCGAUUCUAGUAAUAAUUAAUAUAUGAGACAAAACUAGUUGAUCCUUUAAGUAAUGCUCAAUAUAUUAAAAUGAAAUAUGAAUAGGAAUUAAUUAAGAUAUAAAUCCUAAUAUAACUAAUGUCAAGAUGUUAACUAAUUGUCAUUUUAGUAACACUCCCCAACAUUAAUAUAAAGGAAGUAAAUAAAUACUACUCUAACUAAUGUCGAGAUGUUAACUAAUUGUCAUCUUAGUACACUCCCCAACAUUAAUAUAGAGAUAGUAUUAAGGGAAAAAUUAAUAUUCAAGGAAGAAGAUUAAAGAAAAUAACUCACAACUUACAAUUCAUUAAGCUUCAAAGUAGCAAAACCAAGAUGGAAAGACUGCCUAAAUUACAAGAAUAAAGUGUAUAUGAAAGAGGGGAUUAAAUUGGUAUCUAAAAUAGGAAGGAAAGAGGUGUUUCUAUAGGAGAAGUGAGGUAGUUGGGUCUAAGACAUAAUCUGAUUUUCGCAUGUUCACUUGCUUUAUUUGAUCUUGUAUGAUCUCCGGGUCGAAUCAUAUCCGAUUUUUCACACAUCUUUGUCCUCCAUGAAGCUCUCAAGCUCCUUCCUCUUCUUUUCAUCAUGUUUUUGCUUACAUGUCAAAAUAUCUUAAUAUCUUCUAAUUCUUCUUUAAUUUUAGAAGAUAAAGAUUACAUCGUAAUUGUACAAAAGCUAAGUAAACAUAAUGUAAAACCAUUCUAAAAUGUGGUGUUUAUCUACUACUAAAUAGUACGCAUCAUCUAUCCCUAUACAAUGAGGUCAAUUCAGGUGAGGACCUUUUUUGUGAAUGAUGAGAAAAUGCAAGUUUGGUUUUACUUAUUUGCAAAAUUGUUUAGAUCAAAUUUUUCCCCAACUUUUAGUUAGAUUUUGAAUUCUAAUGCAUAAUACAUAAAAUAAGUACUCCCUCCAUCCCUAAAAGAACUUCCAACUUUCCCUUUUCGUCCGUCCCAAAAAGAACUUCACUUUCCCUUUUUGGCAAAGAAUUUGUGGUUCACAGCAAUUCUUACACAUUUCUCUCUCUUCUGCACAACUCUCUACCACACAAUUCCCACUUUCUUAAUCCGUGUGUCAUUUGUACUACGGAAGAACAUUUAGGGACGGAGGUAGUAUGUUUUUGCCUAACUGAAUACUAUGAAUGCAGGAAAUGAUGAUAGCAACCGUUGAUAACCCAUCAAAUGCAUUUGAGUGGGCAUUGGCUGAAAUGCUAAAUCAACCUCAAAUCUUAGAAAAAGCUACACAAGAGUUAGACAAUGUGGUUGGGAGAGAGAGGUUUGUCCAUGAAACUGAUUUGUCUCAAUUAAACUACAUAAAGGCAUGUAUACGUGAGACAUUCCGUCUUCACCCCAUUGCCCCCUUUAAUGUCCCACAUGUUUCUUCCGAAAAUGCAAUAGUCGGUGGUUAUUUCAUUCCCAAAGGUAGUAUUAUCUUAGCCAGUCGUUAUGGGCUCGGUCGGAAUCCUAGGGUAUGGGAGGAUGAACUCAAGUUCAUUCCAGAAAGGCACCUCAAUCAAAGUCCAACCAAUGAAGUGGUUUUGACAGAUCUUGAAUCUAAGGUGCUUUCAUUCAGUACAGGAAGACGAGGGUGUGUUGGAGUUAGACUAGGCUCUCUAAUAACAACAAUGUUGUUUGCUAGGCUUCUCCAAGCUUUCACAUGGACCACUCCACCUAUUUCACCCACAAUACCCUUAGUUGAGUCGAAGCGUGACUUUUCUCUUCAGAAUCCACUCCUUGCUAUCGCGAAGCCUCGCUUGCCAAAUUCUUUGUACCGGGCUGCGUGAUGACAACUAAAAUAAACAUUUUUGUUACAAUUUGUGAUUUUAGCCUGCAAGAUUAUCAAAAUAUCAAUGACACAAACUUUUCACUAUAGUUUGGUCAUAUUAUUAAGUAUUGGUCAAGAUGCUGCAUGGUGACUAUUGAUGUAAUGUAAGAUGAAUGAUCACAAAUUAAAAUAAACUUAAACUUUUAGAUAUCUUAUGUAAUGUGAGCAGGGGCAGAUGUAUAGCUUGGGUAUGGGGGGCAGCUGCCCCCAAUAAACUGGCAAUAGUUAUCUAUAUUAUACAAGGAAAAAAAUUGACCAACAUAAUUGUCCCCAAUAAAAAAAGUGAAAUGCCCCCAUAACUAUAUUGGAACGAAGAGCAGACAACUAAUAAGACUAAGACAAGCAUCGGCUAUGGCAUCAUGGAGAUGAACUGAAAAGUGUCAGUUUCUCACUCUCUCUUUUAAGUCUAUUAUAUUAAGCAUUAAUUGUUUGAGUAUUUUUCACUAAUGAUUAUUGUGUACUUUUUACUCCGUAUGUGUUUAAGUGUCAUUGUGUAUUGAUGCUAAAUUGUUAAAAUACUAAUGUGUAGAUUUGAUGAUCAUUCCCUUUUUAUGUACCCGUAUUAUUUAGAUAAUACUCCAUAAGGAAACAAUCGAAGUAUAAUUUAUUCCCUAUAGAAGUUUUAGUAAAGUCCUGUUCGAGUCAGGAGCUGAACCGAUCAUGCGCUUUAUAUGUACAUAUAUAAAACGUAGUAUAUUUCAAGAAUUUAUUUAACUAUCUUCACAAUUGAAUUGUGGGCUGAAAUUUGAUAUACAUAAACUAGACUUAAUGAAGAACAUGCUCAACAAAAUUCAUCAACAAAUUCCAUUGGAAACCACCCAAACAAUGAAUUCCGCACCGCAGUUCCCGUCAGGAUCUGCUAAUGUGAACUGCCCUCAUUUUAGUAUAGUAACUUUCUAAUUUUAGUAAGAUGAAAUUAGAGUUCUAAAUGAUUGUUUUUUUACUUUAUACGGAGUAGAAAGAGAUGUAUUUGGAAUCGUUACAAAUUAAAUUAUUAUUGAUCUCUUUCAAAAGUUGAAAACUCGAAGAUAGCGAUUGUGAAUUUGUGAUUCACUUUUUAGGUUUUUUGUAUUGUAAUAUACUUUAUUUAGUUUGGAAAUUCUUAUGUAUUGUAUUACAAAAUUUUGCUAUUCGGGUAUUUCAUUAUAUCUUCUUCCUCAUUCACGUCAUUUUUGUUCCGCCCCCAAUUGUUUCAUUUCCUGGAUCCGCCACUGAAUGUGAGCUUAGUAUAUUUAUAUUGGCUAAUAGUAGAUGUUUCAAACCCAACCUUGCACAUUAGUUAUGAGCCCAUUUAUCUCCACAACAUGAAAGACUAUCCCAAAUAGCAAAAAGAUUUAGACAGAAUUAUGUAAUGUUUUGCCAAACCAUAUACUCCGGGUAUGUAUUUUUUUUCCCCCACCCAACCCACAUUUGAGACUUACAAAAACUAAAACACAUAAUUUUUUGACAUAUUUGGAGACUAAGAGCCCAUUUGAUGGCCCAUUUUUCGGUUUAUCAGGCUUAUCAGUCGGUUUUUUCACCAAACACGUAACUUUUGACUUCAUGCACUGAAUUGUGUAAUAAUAAAAAAAAGUAAGGUUGAAGUUACUUUUCUCGCUGCAUUGGCUGAAGUUACUGUAGAGAAUCAUUUUAACUAUUUUUCAUAUAAUUUUUUGUUUUAUUUAUUAAUAACAAAUAUUUUAAAUAUAAUUUUUCAUAAAUAAGCCAAUACAGCCACUACAGCCAGAACUUCAUAAAUUUAAGUAGAAUCAGUCAAUUCGGCCAAUUUCUGUGUUACCAAACGGGCUAUAAUACAAACCUAUAAUAUUUUUCAUAGUCAUACACAACAUUAAAGUAUGACGCUUAAAUUUCCCAAAAAAAAAAACUUACUUUGUCUAGGGUGUGUAUUUAUUUGCGUCAUUUACCCAUUUUCUCUUCUUCUCCAUUUGCUUAUCAUUUAUUUUUAUUUUUAUAGUAAGAACUUGACAUCAAUUGAAUAAAUGAGAUUCUAUUUCAAUUCAUUUUGAUCAAUGGGAGUUGCGGAGCUCCACUCAUGUUGGCACAUAGGCGCACUAUACAUGGCUAACUACAAGAGUGAAAAUCAAAUGAAUGGAGUAGACUUGAUAGUUGGCCUAAAGGUUUGAUCUAUUGGACCUUUGAUCGAUAAAAGUAUUCAACAUACAAAUAAAGAGAUCCAUAUGGACUCGUUUAGUUUAAAACCACAAUAUACAUCCAACAACACUCUGAUGAGGGUCCACUUGAACAAGAAGCAAUGUGUUAUUUAAAAUAAGUGUCAUCAACUCCUCGAAAAAAGUCCAGCGCCAAGAGGGAUAAGAUAAGUCAUGUUUAACAUAUGUUUUGUCUAGUUUCGGUUGGGGUUGACAAAUUUUAAACUAAUAUUGGUGUAAUAAUUCAAUAAGAACAAAAGAAGUUAUGUUGUUGUAAUUAUA